GGCGGCGUGUGCGCAGGCGCCCCAGGUGCUGCCAACUGAAGUAGCAAUGGACGCACUGGAGUCGUUGUUGGACGAGGUGGCCCUGGAGGGGCUGGAUGGCCUGUGUCUACCCGCGCUUUGGAGUCGUCUGGAGACGCGAGUGCCGCCCUUCCCGCUGCCUUUGGAGCCCUACACGCAGGAAUUUCUGUGGCGGGCCCUUGCCACGCACCCGGGCAUCAGCUUCUAUGAGGAGCCCCGGGAGCGACCUGAUCUCCAGCUCCAGGACCGGUAUGAAGAAAUUGAUUUGGAAACUGGAAUUUUGGAGUCUAGGAGGGACCCAGUCCCUUUGGAGGAUGUCUACCCCAUUCAUAUGAUCUUAGAGAAUAAAGAUGGCAUCCAGGGCUCAUGCCGGUACUUUAAGGAGAGGAAAAACAUCACCAAUGACAUCAGGACCAAGACGUUACAGCCCCGCUGUACCAUGGUGGAAGCCUUUGGCAGGUGGGGGAAGAAACUGAUCAUCGUCGCCUCCCAGGACAUGCGGUACCGGGCGUUGAUCGGCUUGGAGGGCGACCCCGACCUGAAGCUCCCCGACUUCUCCUACUGCAUUUUGGAGCGAUUAGGCCGGUCCCGGUGGCAAGGGGAGCUCCAGCGAGACCUCCACAGCACUGCUUUCAAGGUUGAUGCCGGGAAGCUCCACUAUCACAGGAAAAUUCUGAACAAAAAUGGGCUCAUUACGAUGCAGUCACACGUGAUCCGAUUACCUACCGGAGCCCAGCAGCACUCAAUCCUCCUCCUCCUGAACCGGUUUCAUGUGGACAGGAGGAGCAAAUACGACAUCCUCAUGGAGAAGCUGUCAGUCGUACUGAGCACACGGAGUAACCAGACCGAGACGCUGGGGAAGCUGAGGGAGGAACUGGGGCUGUGCGAGAGGACGUUUAAGCGUCUGUACCAGUACAUGCUGAACGCGGGACUGGCGAAGGUGGUGUCUCUUCCCUUACAAGAGAUCCACCCCGAACGCGGACCUUGUAAGACGAAGAAAGGGACCGACGUCAUGGUGCGCUGCCUCCGGCUGCUGAAGGAGUUCAAGCGGAAGGUGGAAGACGACCACGACCAGGACGACGAUGACGACGAGGAGGUCAUCUCCAAGGGGGCACCCCCCGUGGACGUCGUGUACGAGCGGGAUAUGCUCACACAGACCUACGAACUCAUUGAGCGCAGAGGCACGAAAGGCAUUUCCCAAGCUGAAAUCCGAGUGGCUAUGAACGUGGGAAAACUGGAAGCAAGGAUGCUGUGCCGUCUUCUUCAGAGAUUCAAGGUUGUCAAGGGCUUCAUGGAAGACGAAGGGCGGCAGCGGACCACCAAGUACAUCUCCUGCGUGUUUGCAGAGGAGAGCGACCUGAGCCGGCAGUACGAGAGGGAGAAGGCUCGGAGCGAGCUCCUGACCACAGUUAGCCUGGCCUCAGUGCAGGAGGAGUCCCUCCUGCCUGAGGGGGAGGAUGCUUUCCUCUCCGAGUCGGACAGCGAGGAGGAGGGCGGCGGCGGCAAGAGGAAAGGCAGAGGGCCACAGGGGGACGUGAAGCUCUCCUCCAGCAGCAGUCUCGGGGCUCAGCCUCAACACUCCACCCCAACCAAGGUGGGGUGGAAAGUCGUCAACCUUCACCCCUUGAAGAAGCAGCCAUCUGCCUUCCCAGGAGCUGCUGAGGAGAGAGCCUGCCGGAGCUCUGUGGGCGGGGACAGCCUCCUGGACACCAGCAGCUCCUCAGACCCCAACGUGUCCUUCGGCUCUCACUGCAUGGAGAGUCACAGUGGCGACAUAGCCGUGAUCGAAGAAGUCAGGCUUGAAAACCCAAAGGAAAGUAGCAGUUCCCAGAAGACUGGGAAACACGGCCCAGGCCAAGACAAACCCCACGAGACUUACCGACUGCUGAAACGCCGGAAUCUCAUCAUAGAAGCUGUCACCAACCUCCGCUUAAUCGAGAGCUUAUUCACGAUUCAGAAGAUGAUCAUGGACCAGGAGAAGCAAGAAGGCGUGUCCACCAAGUGCUGUAAGAAGUCCAUUGUCCGCUUGGUGCGGAACCUGUCCGAGGAAGGUCUCCUGAGGCUGUACCGGACGACGGUCAUCCAAGAUGGCAUCAAGAAGAAGGUGGACCUGGUCGUGCACCCGUCCAUGGACCAGAAUGACCCUCUUGUGAGAAGUGCCAUCGAGCAGGUUCGGUUCCGGAUCUCCAAUUCCAGCACAGCCAACAGGGUUAAAGUGUCCCAGCCGCCAGUGCCUCAGGGGGAAGCCGAAGAGGAAAGUCAAGGAAAGGAGGACCCAAGUGGGUCAGGAGACUCUCAGCUGAGUGCUUCCUCUAGACCGGAGAGUGGACGGGUGAAAAAGACGGAUGAGAAGAUGGGCAUAACCCAGCUGAAAAACUAUAACCCCGUUGUAGUCCCUGGACUUGGGCGUUCCUUAGGGUUUUUACCCAAAAUGCCCCGCCUGCGGGUGGUCCACACAUUUCUGUGGUACCUGAUCUACGGGCACCCGGCCAGCAAAACGGUGGAGAAGCCGGGCCUCAGCAGUGAAAGGAGGAUGGGAAAGCAGGAGCUGGGCAGGACGGGAAUCCCACCCUCCUCUGGAAGCGACUGGGAGGCCUCCUCUGAUGCCCUGCCCAAGGACACCUCAGACGGAGCUACCCGGGAGGGUGAAGUGGAGCUCGCCACGGAGACAGUGUAUGUGGAUGAAGCCUCCUGGACACGCUUCGUGCCUCCCAUCCCAGUGCAUAGGGACUUCGGCUUCGGCUGGGCUCUGGUCAGCGACAUUCUCCUCUGCCUGCCCCUCUCCAUCUUCGUCCAGAUUGUGCAAGUCAGCUACAAGGUGGACAACCUUGAGGAGUUUCUGAGCGACCCUCUGAAGAAGCACACGCUGAUCCGCUUUCUGCCCAGGUCCAUCCGGCAGCAGCUUCUGUACAAGAGACGUUACAUUUUCUCUGUGGUGGAGAGCCUUCAGAGGCUGUGCUACAUGGGGCUGCUACAGUUCGGCCCCACGGAAAAGUUUCAGGAUAAAGACCAGGUCUUUAUCUUCUUGAAGAAGAACGCGGUCAUCGUGGACACCACCAUCUGUGACCCCCAUUACAACCUGGCCCACAGCAGCCGGCCCUUCGAGCGGCGCCUGUACGUCCUGAACUCAAUGCAGGACGUGGAGAACUAUUGGUUUGAUCUGCAGUGCGUCUGCCUCAACACCCCGCUAGGCGUGGUGCGCUACUCAAGUGUCAAGAGGCACAGCGGCCCAGACCAGGGCGGCGAGGAGGCGGGCAGUGUGCAGGAGGAGCAGGAGAGCGCCGUCGACAAGCACAACCUGGAGCGCAAGUGCGCCAUGAUGGAGUACACCACGGGCAGCCGGGAGGUUGUGGAUGAAGGCUUGAUCCCCGGAGAUGGACUGGGAGCCGCUGGGCUGGAUUCCAGUUUCUAUGGACACCUAAAGCGAAACUGGCUGUGGACCAGCUACAUCAUCAACAGGGCCAGGAAGGGGAACACCACGACGGAGAAUGGGCUCACGGUGAGGCUCCAGACGUUUCUGUCUAAGCGCCCAUUGCCUCUUGGGGCUGGAGGCAACAGCAGGUUGAGUAUCUGGGGAGAAGCAAGAACAGGAUCGGAGCUCUGUGCUGACCGGGAAGAGCAGUUUGAGGUUGACCGGGAACCCACGCUGGACAGGAACCGGAGAGUGAGGGGUGGGAAAAGCCAGAAGCGGAAACGGCUGAAGAAGGACCCUGGCAAGAAGAUCAAGAGAAAGAAAAAAGAAGAGCACCCGGAGGAGAAAAGCAAAAGGCUGCGUUACCACGACGAGGCCGACCAGAGCGCCCUGCGGAGGAUGACCCGGCUGCGCGUCACCUGGUCCCUGCAGGAGGACGGGCUGCUCGUGCUCUGCCGCAUCGCCAGCAACGUCCUCAACGCCAAGGUGAAGGGCCCGUUUGUCCCCUGGCAGGUGGUGCGGGACAUUCUGCACGCCACCUUUGAAGAGUCUUUAGACAAAACAUCUCAUUCCGUCGGACGAAGAGCUCGCUACAUAGUCAAAAACCCACAAGCCUACCUGAACUAUAAGAUUUGCCUGGCCGAGGUGUACCAGGAUAAGGAGCUUGUUGGGGAGUUCAUGAAUCGGAAAGCUGACUAUGAAGACCCAAAGGUUUGUGCCAGUGAGUUUAAAGAAUUUGUGGAGAAGCUUAAAGAGAAGUUCAGUUCAGCCUUAAAGGAUCCUAACCUUGAAAUUCCAGACACACUCGAGGAGCUGUUUGCCAGGUACCGAGUUUUGGUGAUUGGAGACAAAAAGGAUCAAGUCAGGAAGGAGGAUGAACUGAAUAGUGUGGAUGACAUCCACUCUCUGGUGCUGCAGAACCUGAUCCAGAGCACGCUGGCCCUCUCGGACAGUCAGAUGGAGUCUUGCCAGUCGUUUCAGACAUUCCGCCUGUACCGGGAGUAUAAGGACCACAUCCUCGUGAAGGCCUUCGUGGAGUGCCAGAAGAGGAGCUUGGUCAACCGGCGCCGGAUCAACCACACGCUGGGUCCCAAGAAGAACCGGGCUUUGCCCUUUGUGCCGAUGUCCUACCAGCUGUCCCAGACCUACUACAGGAUCUUCACAUGGCGGUUUCCCGGCACCCUCUGCACAGAAUCAUUCCAGUUCUUCGACAGAAUCCGCGCUGCCGGCGAGUCAGACCAGCCCGAUCAUUUUUCCUUCAAAGACCAGGAGAGUAAUGACUCCACAGGCGACCUGGUGGCGUUUUCUUUGGACGGCCCUGGAGGACACUGUGUGGCCGUCCUGACCCUCUUCUCUCUGGGCCUUAUAUCCGUGGACGUCAGGAUCCCAGAGCAGAUCGUGGUGGUGGACAGUUCAAUGGUGGAGAACGAGGUCAUUAAGAGCCUGGGGAAAGACGGCGCCUUGGAAGAGGACGAGGACGAAGAGGAAGACUUGGACGAGGGCUCGGGGGCCAAGCGCCGGAGCAUCGAAGUGAAAGCCCGCCAGGCCUCCCACACCAACUACCUGCUGAUGAGGGGCUACUGCGCCCCCGGCAUCGUCAGCACCCGCAACCUCAACCCCAACGACAACAUUGUGGUGAACUCCUGCCAGGUCAAGUUCCGGCUGCGCUGCACACCCGUGCCCACCCAGCUGGAGCCCAUCGCCACAUCUCUGAAAGAGCUGACGGUGGGGACCGCCUGCCUCCCUAACACGUUCACCAGGCUGAUAAACAGCCAGGACACCUACAGCUUGGAAGAGUUCGCCCGCCAGGUGGCGCUGUCUGGGUACAAACCUGGAGACGUGUCCGCCGCCCUGGAGGUACAGGGGGCCAUUGCAGCGGCCGGUUGCUUUGGGGUGGACAAGACAGAGCUAACCAGACGGUUCUCCACCUUGGAAAGGGCAGAUGGUGAGCGCACCAGGACCUUCACAGACUACGUCCAGGACCUCUUGGAACAACACCAGGUGCUGGAAGUUGGUGGCAACACCGCUCGCCUGGUGACCAUGGCCUCUGCGCAUCCCUGGCUCCUGCACUCGGUGCGGCUAAAAGGCAAAGAGGAGGAGGCUGACCCUGCAAGAGAAGACCCCCAGGCCAGGCCCCCAGAGGGGCCCCCCGGCGAGGACGGCCCUUCUGAGGGGCAGGCACCACCUUCUCAGGGCCCCCGGGCUGCCAAGAGGCGAGCCAGCUGGGCCAGCACCGAUGCAGCCAGGCAGGGUGAGGGGGCCGACCCCGAGCGCGCCCAGAUGCCCCCUGCAAAGAGGCCCACCCUCCAGGACGUGCGCUCAGCCCCCGGCCCUGGGCCCAGAGUGGAAGAGGAGCUGGAAACCCGGGCGCCUGCUCUGCCCGCAACUCCCGAAGACCCGGGCAUGAGGGAGCCUCCCCCAGGAGCAUCGGAAGCUGGGCAGGAGGACCUGGAGUGUUUGGGGGUUCCCAGCUCCCCAGGCCAGGAGCAGAUGAGCUGUCAGGCCCAGCUUCCAGAGGGCCCUGAAGACCCCAGAGGUCUGACAGACAGUUCUGCAGCCAGCGGCCGCUCCCAGACAGUACUGGAAAGGGACUGUGAGAGUGUCUGCUUCAUCGGGCGCCCGUGGCGCAUCGUGGACGGCCGCCUGAAUGUGCCAGUGUGCAAGGGCAUGAUGGAGGCCCUGCUGGGCCACGUCAUGACGCGGCCCGGCAUCCCCGAGAGCUGUCUGCUGCAGCACUACCAGGGCGUGCUGCAGCCCCUCGCCGUGCUCGAGCUGCUCCAGGGCCUGGAGUUCCUCGGCUGCAUUAGAAAGCGCUCGCUGAGGAGGCCCGCUGCCGUCUCGCUCUUCUCUAAGCCGGUGAUGGAAGAGGCCGAGGCGCCCCCCGGACCGAGUGAGAGCCCCACAGUGUUCUACGAGCCCACACUAGACUGUACCCUCCGCUUGGGCUGCGUCUUCCCCCACGAGGUCAACUGGAACAAAUGGGUCCACUUCUGAGGCGGCGUGGUCACCAUGGCCCUCCUGUCCCACUGUGUGUGGGGUCAGCCUGGCGAGGUCAGGGUGCUGAGGGCCCUGCACCCGCGUGCUGCUCGGGGGCAGUGUGUACCUGGCCCCAGCCCCAGCUGUGGUUUCCAGGCCUGGAACUCUGGCAGGAGGGCCACCUGCCCACCUGCACCCAGGUCCUUCCCGGGCUGGCCUUAAGGACCCUGAGGGCUGUGCAUCGUCACCCAGGAGUCGCGGGGGAGCCGCGGCUGGAAACGCUGGUCACCGCCCACUCUCCUCCUGUUUCUGGAGCCUCAGCUGAGCUGCCUGCCGAUCUCUCUAGAACCUGGGCUAUGGUGAGUGUGAUAGGCCCUGGCGGGCUCGUCCUCCAAGGGCCUCCAAGGUGAGGCUGCCAUUUGGGAGCAGAGACACCUGCCCAGGCCUGGAGCCUUCUGGAUGGACAUCUGCUGGCCAGUGAGGGGUCGGGACCUCGGGGCUGUGGGGCUCUGCCCCAUCCACGCAGACCUCGCCUUCCAGAUUCCAGCCACCAUGGCAGACUCCCCCUGCUCCCGGGAAGCCCCGUGGCCUGAGGGGCAGGGCCUUACGGGGACCUGUCACAGAGCGGGGCUGUGGCUGAGCCUGCACGCUGCCUGCAGGCCUCCAGCAAAGGGGCCGCUAGAAACAAGGGAGGUCCCUGUGAGUUUGGGGUUUGUUUUGUUCCUUCAGCCUCUUUCCUCAUUGAAAAAAAAUCCCCUGGCAUGUAUUUAUUUAUUUUUUAAUUAAAGCAAAGUCAGUGCA